AUGGUGUCCCCAUUCCUGUCCCCAGGCCCGGUCACGAAAGAGGAUGACUUAGCCUCUCUGCACCUUCGUAGAGAUCUAUCACUACCAAUCAUCCUCACCACUCAAGCCACCAGUGCCGAAGACGAAGGCUACGCUGAGGGCGUCGUUACCAACACUCGUUUCGGAUCGUUCCCUCACUCCACCAUCAUCGGAGCACCAUGGGGAAGUCAAAUUCGCGCGAGCAAAGUCGACACGGGAUCUCGAGGGUGGAAGGGGAAGGACACUGCGAACGCGAAGAAACGUAAAGCUGAUGCGCUGACGGAAGCAAAUGGAGGCGCAACCGCACCACCGGUGCUCAAGGACGCUAUCGCUGCGAGUUCGGGAUUUGUGCACGUGCUACAACCUACGCCUGAAAGCUGGACGACGAGUCUGCCGCAUCGAACGCAGGUGGUGUACACGCCGGAUUACAGCUACAUUCUGCACAGGAUCAGAGCGAGGCCGGGAUCAAGACUGAUAGAAGCUGGAAGCGGGAGUGGAAGCUUCACGCACGCUGCCGCUCGAGCAGUCUUCAACGGCUAUCCGGAUCGUCGUGUUGAGAAUGACGCUGAUAGCGAACCUUCUGCCGCGGAUGCCCAAUGUUUCGGCCAGGUCUUCACAUUCGAGUUCCAUGAGGAACGGCAUAAGAAGGUCAAGGCGGAGAUGGCCGAGCACGGGUUAGAUACUAUUGUCCACGCGACACAUCGAGACGUAUAUCGGGAUGGGUUUCUCCUGGACGAUGAAGACAGUCCUGGGAAAAAAUCUCCUCGAGCCAAUGCUGUGUUUCUGGAUUUACCUGCGCCAUGGGAGGCAUUGCCUCAUCUAACACGAAGCGAGCAGGAGAGCGUACCCAGUGUCCUGGACCCACUGUCGGCUACGUCCAUCUGUACAUUCAGUCCCUGCAUUGAGCAGGCUCAAAAGACGAUAUCCGCUCUCCGAAGGUUCGACUGGCUGGACGUAGAAAUGGUUGAGGUGCAACAUAAGCGGAUAGACAUUCGACGAGAGUACACGGGCCAUCAAUACGAAGGGAUGCGAGGAGUGAAUGCUUUCGCAGCGGACGUCGACGAAGCUAUUGCGAGGCUACGAGAAGUGGAGCAGCGUGCGGAGAGUUUCCAUGCUGGGACAUCAGAGGAUGGCAAACUUGCCAAGAGCGUGCAGGCGCAGCAGGACGCAGGUAAAUUGCCUUUCAACGGCGGGAAACUCGUUCAUCGAACAGAGUUGGAGUUGAAGACGCAUAGCGCGUACCUAGUCUUCGCUGUUCUUCCGAGGGCUUGGACAGAAGAGGAUGAAGCAGCCGCACAAUCCAAAUGGUCCAAGCAUGUCAAGAUCACAUCGAAUGUUCCGAAGAGUCAGCGACAACUUAAGAAGGAGGCGAAGCAGAGAGCAAGAAGUCAAAAUAAAAGUGAUGCGAAGGUGGCGAACGACGAGGAAACGGAAAAUGGUGGUCAAUGA